GGAGGACAUUCGAGCCUUCGAUGCCGCAUUCUUCAGCAUUGCGCCUCGCGAAGCCGAAGCCAUCGACCCCCAACAUCGGCUCUUGCUGGAAGUUGUUUACGAGGCCCUUGAAGCUGCCGGUAUUCCCCUGGAGAAGACUCAGGGCAGCGAUACGGCCGUUUAUGUGGGUCAAAUGUCCAAUGAUUACUGGGACCAUCUGCUUCGCGAUCUCGACUCGAUUCCAAAGUACAUGGCCACUGGCACAGCCCGAAGUGUUACUGCCAAUCGCCUAUCAUACUUUUUCGAUUGGCAUGGUCCGUCUAUGACUAUCGACACAGCCUGUUCAAGUAGUAUGGUAGCACUCCACGAAGCUGUUCAGGUGCUCAGAUCUGGACGCGCGGGCAUGGCUGUUGCAGCAGGCUGCCAUUUAGUCUUAGGCCCCGAAAGCUACGUGAUUGAGUCGAAGCUUCGCAUGAUAUCUCCCACCGGAACCUGCAAGAUGUGGGAUGCUGGCGCUGAUGGAUAUACGAGAGCUGAAGGAUGUGCAGCGUUGAUUUUGAAAACCCUCAGCAGUGCGCUGCGCGACGGAGAUCCCAUAGCUGCUCUUAUCAGAGAGACGGGCGUCAACCAGGACGGUCGCACCAGGGGGAUCACAAUGCCUAGCGCCGAGGCACAGGCGGCGCUGAUCCGGGAGACGUAUUUGCGCACUGGGCUUGAUCCGACAAAUCCGAAAGACCAGCCUCAAUUUUUUGAAGCUCACGGCACAGGUACUCAGGCGGGAGACCCGAUCGAGGCAGAGGCUAUCCACCUAGCCUUUUUCAACGAUUGCGUUGCUCACAAAGGAACUCGUGAGAGAAAGGAACAUGAGAAACUUCUUGUUGGCUCCAUAAAAACCGUUGUGGGACAUCUUGAGGCAACGGCAGGGCUAGCUGGCAUUCUCAAGGGAAUUGCUGCAAUGAAUCACAGAAUGGUACCCCCGAACUUAUGGUUUCGAACUCUCAACCAGAGGAUCGCCCCCUUCUAUAGAGACUUCAGAGUUCCUACAGUCCUUGAAGAAUGGCCCAUGACCGGCUUUGAUGGCACCCUUCGUUGUUCUGUAAACUCCUUUGGCUUCGGGGGCACCAAUGCACACACGAUCCUAGAGAGCUACGAGCCCCAGUUGGUAACUGCAACGAAAAUGCCUCGAGAAAUAUCCUUUAUUACACCUUUGACAUUUUCUGCAGCAUCCGCAGCUUCAUUGGUUGCCGUGGUAGAUAGUUAUCGAAGACACCUGGCUUCGAAGCAAGACAUAAGUUUAGCCGACCUGGCCUUCACGUUGCAGUCCCGGAGAAGUGCACUCCCGUAUCGUAUAGCAUUUUCAGGGACAGACAUUACAUCGUUGAUCAAGCAGAUGUCAGAAAGUGUCGACAGCGUCAAGGGCACCGCAAAUGUCAGCAUUGGCACGCUCAAUCAACAGGAAAAGCUAGAGGGCGGCUCGCCAAAACUCCUCGGAGUAUUCACCGGACAGGGUGCACAAUGGCCAGGAAUGGGGAGAGAGUUACUCAAGUCCUCGAAGGUGUUUUCAGAUGCCAUCAUCAAAAUGGAAGAUUCACUGGCAACUCUUCCAGAUCCCCCAUCGUGGUCUCUUGUCGAUCAAUUCAAAGCAAAGGCAUCACCCUCUUCUGAAGAAGCGACCGUUGCUCAGCCCGUGUCGCUUGCUCUCCAGAUUGGUCUGGUGGACCUCUUGAGAGCCAGCGGGGUCGAGUUCGACUCGGUCGUGGCGCAUUCUUCAGGCGAAAUUGCAGCUGCCUAUACCACAGGGCUCAUCAGCGCCCACGAUGCAAUCCGAAUCGCCUACUAUCGUGGCAAGUACUCGGCUUUGGCUACUGAAGGCGGAGGUAUGAUGGCGGUCGGCAUGUCUUUCGCCGAGGCUAAGGCUUUCUGUAAUCAGGAACAGCUUAGAGACAGAGUGACCGCCGCAGCCAGCAACUCACCAAAGAGCACUACUCUUUCAGGCAGGCUUAGUGCACUCAAGGAGGCUGCCUCUUUGCUUGGAAACACUUUUCACAGAUUCCUCAAGGUGGACAAGGCUUAUCACUCCGAUGCUAUGCUACCUUGCUGUAAGCCAUUUCAAGCUAUACUAGAGAAAUGUGACAUUAAAGUGCACAAGCCCAACGACGUGCUGUGGGUAUCGUCUGUUCGAGAAGGCCAGCAACCUCGGUCAUUUGCAGAUCUGCUUAGUGGGCCAUAUUGGGUAGAGACAUUACACAAACCAGUGUUGUUCUCACAAGCCCUAACUCGGGUGUUGCAGAUGCGUAGCUUCGACGCAGCGUUGGAAAUUGGACCACAUCCUGCCCUCAGGGGCCCGUCUCUGCAGACACACGCAGAUAUCUCGCUCGAAGACGGCACAGUGCUCCUGUACAAAGGUGUUUUAGAGCGUUUCAAGCAUGAUGGCGAGGCUUUCUCGUCAUGUCUGGGAUUUCUAUGGCAGCAUUUUGGAUGGGCUCAUUUUGAGGCUUACAGGUCAACUUCUCUAUCCACAGACGUCCCCAGGGUGCUAGAUCAGCUCCCAACUUACCCUUGGAACCAUUCGAGCCUAUACUGGACAGAGUCAAACAACUCCUAUCGCUUUCGGUAUAGAGAGGCGUACCACCCACUGUUGGGAUUCCGCUCCGUCGAUAGUUAUGCGAUGGAACUGCGAUGGAAAAACGUUUGGAGCCUAAGAGAAAUGCCAUGGCUAAAGGGUCACGUCGUGCAAGGGCAGGCCGUUGUCCCAGGUGUCUCGUACGUAACGCUCGCAUUGGAAGCUGCGGCAGCCCUUGGACGAGAAGGCCAAGAAACUACUAGGAUUGAGCUCCACGACAUCAAUAUUCACCGUGCCAUCAUCAUGGAAGAGGAUGAAUAUUCAGGAACGAAUGUGUUCGUUUCUGUUUCCAGGCAAAAUCCAGACGCGUCUUGCACUCGAGCUACUUUUAACAUCUACGCAUCCACCAACCAUGAAAAGGAGCCAUUUCACGUUUGCUCCGGAGACAUCCUUCUCAGCCACUUCGCCAAAGACAGUGGAAUUCAAGCUCUUGGAGAGUUUGACGUCUCUACAGUCUACAAGGAUAUGUCUCCUGUUGAGCCGUCGCUAUUCUACUCUGAGAUGAAAGAAGUUGGCCUUUGUUGGAAAGAGCCGUUCCUCAGCGACUCGAUGUAUCGAUCCCACCACAGGUCUAUGCUUUCUGCUACGAGAUCGACAGCUGAUGCACACGAUGGGCAGCUGCUGCUUAGCCCAGUGCUGCUUGAUAUUGGAUUCCAGGGUGCCUUGGUGGGUUUUGCUUCGCCUGGAGACGGUCGGCUGUGGAACCCCUAUCUUCCAACUCACAUCGACCGUUGCACCUUUGAUCUGGAGAAUUUGAAGCUGAACAAGCCUUGCUACGACGAAGUCUAUUUUUCGAGUGCUGUAAUGGGGUCAACAUUGCCUGAUCUCUCCACCACCGCAACCUUCACCUGCGAUGUGUAUGGAUUCUAUGCAAUCGACGGUAAUCCUUUUGUACAAGUAGAAGGCCUCAAGUUCUCUUGCAUGUAUCCAGCUCAAGAAACCAACGACCGGGAGAUGUUUGCGAACGAGACUUGGAUGCCUGCCUCGCCGCUGGACAUGGAGCUGCAGCCAUAUGACGCUCAAAAGCAUAUGGGUAACUUGGGGGCAGUCGUUGAGAACUUAUCCAACUGCAACCCGCGAAUGAAGAUUUUGCAUAUCAACGAUGGCGAGAGCCUUCUUGUCCCCAUACUAGAGUCUCUGCAGGGAGCUUUCGCCAGACUGGAUAUCGCAGACUCAUCACAAUCUCCCGCCUUGAGACAUGUUGAAGAAGUAAAGGAGUUGUUUCCUAAAGAUUCCAAAAGAAUUUGGUCAUCAGACCUCAACCUGACCAAAUUGACCUCUAGUCCCGCCAUAGCAGAAAACUCCUAUGACUUAAUCAUCUGCGCGCAGACGAUAGAAACCGGAGAUGGCGAAGUGAUCGUUAUUGGGGGCCACCAACCUGAGAUACAAGCCAUUGUUGACACCUUCCAGAAAGAUGUGGCUGGAAAGCUCAGCAAAAUGACGUUAGUGGAGAGCCUAUCAGACCUUGAGACUUACGGAAUACCUACGGACGCGACCGUUCUCUGCCUGGCUGAUCUGCACGAUGACACAUUGAGAAACCUUGCUGAAGGAACUCUUGGCGGUAUGAAACUUUUGUUCGAAACAGCUAGGAGAGUCCUUUGGGUAACGCAAGGUAGGAGGAACCAAAACCCUUUUGCAAGCAUGAUGGUUGGCCUAGGGCGAUGCAUCAUCUCCGAGUCUCCUUUGCUCAACCUGCAAUUCCUCGACAUUGAGGAUCCGUUGUCUGAUCCUAUCACCCACAAAACUAUUAGCGAGUGCUUCAUCAAGCUGAUUUCAUUGACAACGACAAGCGACUCCAACGUUGUCAGGUCCUGGAAACAAGAACCUGAAAUGGUUUUGUCUCAGGGAAAACUUCUCAUACCUCGUAUCAGGCCUCUACCAGCACUCAACGACCGUUUGAAUUGCCAAAACAGAAUCAUUAAAAAGCCCCUUGUUGCUGGAGAUGGAACUUCCGUUGAAUUGACACGGUCAGGGGCAUUCUAUGCUGCUCAAGAAUAUGAUGAUUACUCAGCAGGAAGGCGCAUUACUAUCUCUCAUUCUGUUUCCCUUCCCAUCGAACUGCCUGGUCAAAUGAAAGGGUACCUUGGCUUAGGUACAAUGAGCUCUGGGGAAAGGGUAGUCGUCAUCUCCCCCAACAACCGAAAUAUUCAAUCCGCAGAAGAGUGCGCCUUUGCAGUUCAUUUCCAGCCAAGAGGAAACGAGGCCGAUACUCUCGCCUUGAUUGCAUCGGCCAUUUUCAUUCGCGUGGCAUGGGAACACACAUCAGACUACGUGGUUUUGCAUCAACCAAGCCAAUCGGUGUACAGAUUAGGUACACAAAUGGCCGAAGAUGCAAAAUCGAAACUAUACUUCAGCGUAAGCGGCCGAAACGACCUCGAAAAGCAUGCGAAUGUCGUGUCCAUACCGAGCAUAGCAACUCGACAAUCAUUGAGAAACUUAAUGCCCGGACAAGUCGGUGCCUUUAUCCAUGUUCCUGGUCUGGCGGGCGCCGGUGACAGGGUGUCUGCUGAUCGUAUGAUAAGAGCAAUGUCAACUACCUGCAAGAUCUUUCAUCUUGCUACAGCAGCCGCUUCAAGUCAAAAUGAGAGUAUUGACAUCCGUCUUUCAUUCAAUUGGAAGAAAGCGUGUCGAAUAUUGGUCCAAUCUGUGGAGGAUGUUGCGAAGUUCGGAAACUCACACAUGUUGGCUAAGAACCAACCAGUGAAGUGUAUCGGCAUCGCAGAGAUUUCCGGAACGCCGUUUUCCUACGAUGCGGCGUGCAUCAUCGACUGGACCAAAGAUUCAAGAGUUAAGGUCAAUAUUCAGCCCAAGAAUCCAACAAAGCACUUUUCCCCUAACAAAACCUACUUGCUGGUGGGAUUGACAGGCGAUCUCGGGCGAUCCCUUGCACAAUGGAUGAUUCGAUGCGGGGCUCAACAUAUCGUUUUGACUAGUCGCUCGCCCAGAGUUCCUGACUCAUGGCUGCAAGCGUGUCGAGAGAUUUCCCCCCAAGCUCAAGUACGAGUUUUUAAAAUGGACGUUACCGACGAGGCAGAUGUUCGGAAUGUAUGCCAUGCUAUCUGCAAAUCUAUGCCCCCGAUCGGAGGUGUAGUCAAUGCUGCUAUGGUGAUGGACGACUGCUUGUUCCACAAGUUACAGUUGGCCUCGUUCAACAGCGUGGUUGAACCAAAGGUGGUUGGCUCGAUGAUUUUGGACAAAAUCUUCCAUGAUGUGGAUUUGGACUUCUUCAUCAUGUUUUCCAGCAUCUCCUGUAUCGUUGGCAAUCGUGGACAGUCGAGCUACAGUGCUGCAAAUCUGGCCGAGACUACUAUAGCUUCCGGAAGAAGGAACCGCGGACUUUCUGCCUCCACAUUAGCGCUUGGUAUGGUUGUUGGAGUUGGCUACGUGGCUCGAGCAAACUUGCCAACAGAAGCCAUUAAAGACAACGUCCGAAUGCAGAACGGCAUACCGCUGGGAGAGACAGAUGUCCACACAGCUUUCUUCGAGGCGAUGCUUCUUGGCAAAAAGUUUUCUCGACUGAUCCCAGAUUUAAUCACGGGGUUAAAGAGUAUUGGCUCUGAAGACGUGGAACUGCCUCUUUGGCAUGAAAACCCACGAUUUUCUCACUUGAGCCUAUUGGAAGGCUUAGAUGACGUUUCUCUGGACAGCAAAAAGAGCAGUCAAGGAAAGGUCUCGGUUCGUGAGCAGCUGCGACAAUCUACAAUGCCACAGGAGCCUUUUGAGAUUUUAAGUGGAUCACUCAAGCAGAAACUAAAAGUCACGCUGAAGAUCGACAAACAGGAGAUCUCAGACGAGGUUGCUUUGGUGCAAAUGGGUAUAGACUCUCUUAGUGCCGUGGAGAUUCGCUCCUGGUUUGCAAAAGAAGUGGGGGUAGAUCUUCCCGUACUCAAGAUAUUGAACGGAGCUUCUAUUCGUGAUCUUUGCCUAGAAGCGAUUGGUCAGUGGAAAAAGUAA